AUGAGUGGCGAGAUUGAUGCUCUCUACAUAUUUGACGAGCAUAAUGCCCCUCUCGUUGAGCACGUUUACCGAUCCCGCCCGCCAUCGGCCGCGGCCAUCCUGCCCCUCUACCUUGCUCAUGCUGCCCCACGCCCUUCAUUAAUAUAUCUUCCUGGGGCAACACCUCCAGUGACAGUGUUUUCCACUGUCCAGUCCAAUAUUCUGUUUCUUGCCCUAUCAGAGGUGGAUACAGAACCACUCCUGGUGCUGGAAUUCCUGCAUCGUGUCGUUGAUAUCCUCGAGGAGUUUGUGGGCGCGCCAUUGCUCUCGAGCAAAAUCCAGGCCAAUUACGAGGUUGUUGCGCAGUUGCUCCAUGAAAUAUGUGAUGGCGGCAUCGUCUGCAACACAGAGCCCAAUCUUCUCCAAGAGGUUGUGGAUGUGCCCGGGUGGAUGGGGAAGCUGCUGGGUGGAAUCAACGUGCCUGGCUCAUCAACGCCAGCACUGGGUAGUACGAACCCACUCAAGCAGUCGAUAGCUGCGGCCAAUGUGUCGCAAGGCCCUGCGAUUCCUUGGCGGCGUUCCGGCGUUCGACAUACCUCCAACGAGCUGUACGUUGAUAUCAUUGAAUCUUUGUCAGUCACCGUCGCUCCUUCAGGUCGGGUGCUUUCUGCGCUCGCAUCUGGAACAAUCGCAUUUACCGCGAAAAUAUCUGGAGUCCCAGAUCUACUUCUCUCAUUGUCCGCCCCGGGAGGCCAACAAUCACUCGCGCGCAAGCUGGAACUUCCCGUCUUUCAUCCUUGCGUACGACUUGCCCGUUGGCGAGAGCGGCCCGGCGAGUUGAGCUUUGUGCCUCCAGACGGGCGAUUUAUCCUGGCCGGAUAUGAGGUCGAUCUACUGCCAAUUGACCCGAGCCUCGACCAACCUCCCACCCACAUGGAAAAACUGUUCCUCCCGGCUCUUGUUGAUAUUCGAAAAUCACUGGGUGCUACCGGCGCCGACUUUGAGGUUCGUUUGACAUUGAACACGAACUUCCCGGGCCAGUCAUCUGCCUCUCGGCCUACCGGCUCGCGGGGUGGGUCAGGCACGUCAACCCCGUCAUUCCUCGGGGGUAGUGGUGGGACAUCCUCUGGGCCGGUCCUGGAGGAGGUGGUGGUCACAGUGCCCAUUUCCAAAUUUGUGCGUCACAUCACGGACAUGCAGGCCAGUCGUGGUGAUGCGCAAUUCACCCACGCCACUGGUCUCUUGGAAUGGCGAGUUCCGACGGGUAAAGACGCUGGGACGAUUACUGGGACCGCCACCCUGCGCUGCACCGUAUCAGGAUAUCCAUCCGCCGAUGAGGAGAUGGACGAUAGCCCGGAAGAUGAAGAUGCCGAUACCAAUCUUCUGCAAGGGUACUAUGAGGCGCCAGCUUCGUACGACCCAAUGACCAGCCGAAGUGGCAAGACGCGAGACCCGUCAAAACGAAAGAAGAAAAAGAAGAAGUCAAGCAAAAAGUCUCGAUCGACGGAAGACACUGGCGAGACACCCGUUGAUGGCGGGUGGUCAGAUGACCCUUCCAAAGCCAAGGCGCCCUCGCCGAAUCCCUCCAAACCACAAACUCCGCAACCCACCACCCUCGCCCACCCUCCAUCUCAGCUACCGUCCUUUUUCACUCCUUCAUCUACAAAUCGUUCCACUCCUCGGAGGACGAAGGCGCAGAUCAAUGCCAGUCUGAUGCCGAACUCAGCCUCUGUCUCCUUUGCCGUGCGUGGCUGGCUCCCUUCGGGCAUCAAGGUCGACAGUUUGACAGUCGACCAACGCCGCAGCCGUGGACUCGGCGAAAGCGUCAAGCCAUACAAAGGUGUCAAGUAUCUCUGUGUCAGUAAACGUGGAGUGGAGCGGCGAUGUUAA